UGCACUGCACUGCAUGCAGCAGCCGUCGCGGCAGCCCCGACGUACGUGCCUUUGCAAUUACAUGCAUGCAUGGGCGACCGAUGAACAUCGUCCGACACCACCACCGCGGCCGAUCCAUCCCUUUUGCCUCUUUCCGCUGCGUCCGCCCGGCUUUCCGUAGUUUCCCCGGCGCGUGCUUUGGAGAUCCAUGGCAUGCAUGGCCGAUCCACACCGCUGUUCCAGCAGCUGCGCUCCUUUAACCUCGCGAAAGCUAGCCAUGCAUAUAAUGGCCCGCCCCACUGCUAGCUGCCUGCUUCUGCAGUGCACAGCCGCACAGGGAGGACGACAGCCGGGGGCAGCCAUGGCGCCCAAGGACAGAGUGCCUCUCGUCAGUGCCGGGCUCGCGGUGGCGUCGCUGCUGCUGCUCCUGCUUUGCGCCACUCGGUGCGAAGCGAGGGCCAUGGCGGCGACGGCGAGGCGACUGAGCAGCAGCAGCAGCAGCCCGCUGCUCAACGCGCUGUUCAAGCUCAACUUCAUCCGGACGGUGGAGCCAGCGCGCCGCAUUCCGACCGCCGGCGACGAGGAAGCCGCGAGCGACAUCAACUCGCCGUUCUGCGUCAACCCACCGGACGCGCCGUCGGCCACGACGCCGCCGUUCAAGCCCUUCACGCCUUCGUUCCCGGGCCAGGCGCCACAGCUGCCGCCGAUCACCCCCGUGCCGCCGUCCUUCGAGCCCAGCCCGCCGGCGCCGGAGAAUGGCGCCUCGGGUGGAGGCCAGGGUGGCGGUCAAGGCCAGGGUGGAGAUCAAGGACAGGGAGGCGGUGGAGAUCAAGGCCAGGGCGGAGGUCAAAGCCAGGGUGGAGAUCAAGGACAGGGCGGAGGGGGUGGAGAUCAAGGCCAGGGCGGAGGUCAAAGCCAGGGUGGAGAUCAAGGCCAGGGCGGAGGUCAAGGCCAGGGAGGUAGUCAAGGCCAGGGUGGAGGUGGUGGAGAUCAAGGCCAGGAAGGCCCACCGGCAUCCACGACGCCGAACUCGCCGCCACAGGUCGGUCCGGGGGGCAUACCAUUCGGAUCGGUGCCGCCGAGCCCCAUCGUCGUGGUGCCGAGCCCACCAGGAUCCGGCCCUGAUCCCGGCUCCGGCUUAGGAGGCGGCGGCUCGGGUUCCGACGGCGGUCCGUUCCAGCCGCCGAUCAUAUACCCACCUCCGCUGGCGCCGCCGCUGCCGCCGGGCGCGGGGCAGACGUUGUGGUGCGUGGCCAAGCCCACGGUGCCGGACCCCAUCAUCCAGGAGGCCAUGGACUACGCGUGCGGCGCCGGCGCCGGGUGCGACUCCAUCCUGCCCAGCGGCUCGUGCUACCGCCCCAACACCGUGCUCGCGCACGCCUCCUUCGCGUUCAACAGCUACUGGCAGCAGGCCAAGGCGACCGGCGGCACCUGCGACUUUGGCGGCACCGCCACCAUCGUCACCAGAGACCCAAGCUACGAGGAGUGCAAGUUUGAUCUUAUGUGAGGAUGGAAGAUACGUAGAUAUGCAGAACAGACUGUAGACCCCGUCCCAGUUCAUUUGGGGGGGUAUCAUUCCUCUUGCUUCUAGGCCACGUCACUCCAGAUUUUGUAACUAGCUCUUCUUCACUAGUAUUGUUUUGAAUUUUGUAAGACCAAUCAGGUUCCUUAAAACCUGAAGCCAUUUCGAGCUCU